CCUCCGUGUAAAAAGCCCCAAAAUCUAACGAAAGCCGAAACCCUAAACCUCGUUACAACAAUGCCCAUCUCUAAAUCUGCAUACACAAUCUUUUCCCGCCAUUUGAGUUCACUGCCAAAGCUUCCAAGAAUCCCAUUUAAGUACAAGCAACGAGCCAUCGAAGAAGCGCAACAAGCAGUUACCGACUAUCUCCACUACACAAAGUCCAUACCUUUCGCUUACGCAGAUCACAUUAGCCGAAAUUCUUUAUACAAUCUAUUCAAUCUCAUUUCAAAUGUCGGCGUUCCUUAUAAAACUUCUAAUUUCUCUAAGUCCAUCGUUAGAUUCCUCAGGUACCACCCUAUUAACGAAUUUGAGUUUUUCUUUGAAAGUAUUGGGAUACAUUACAGUGAAGUAAGUAAAUUUUUGCCUGCUAAUAAGUUUUUCUUUUCGGAGGAUGGGAGUGUAUUCAGUGCUGCUUGUGCGCUUUCGGGUUUUGGGUUUCCUUGGAAUAUGUUGGGGAGGUUGUAUAAAGAAGAAGUUUUGAUUUUUAGUAAGAGUUGCGAAGAAAUAACGUCAAAGCUUUGUGGGUUUAAAAAUGAUUAUGGGUUCAGUAAUGAUACUGUGAUUGGUGUGUGUUUCGCUUUUCCUCAUGUGUUGUUGGUUGAGGAUGAUGAAUUGUUUGAUGAUUUGAAAAGGGUUUUUGUGGAUUUUGAUUUAGUGAGCUGCGCAGAGGGAUAUGUGGAUUCUUGGUACGAAAUUUGUAGGAAGAUUCGCUUGUUUUAUGAUUUGGGUUGUGAGAAGGGGACGUUAGGUGAAUUGGUGGGUGAGAAUAAAAGAAUAUUUGUUGAUUAUUCAGAAGAGGUAUUGGCUCAAAAGGUGGAGUUCUUUUGUAGAUUUGGGGUAAGGAACGUGGAUGUAGCCUUGUUGCUUCUUAAGUGCCCAGAGAUCCUGAGUUUUGAUUUGGAGACAAGAGUGAUUUCUGUGGAGGGAUUAUUCAGACAUUUUGGAUUGAGUGCCAAGGAAACGAAAUCUAUAUCUGAAAAGUACCCAUAUAUAUUGGGAAGAAAUAAAUUGGCUAAUUUGCCUCAUGUGAUGAGGGCGGCAAAUCUUCAAGAUUGGUUCAUUGACAAGAUCAGGAAUGGAAAUCAUCAACUGUUAGGGAAUUAUGCCUUAAGCAACUCUAACGAAGAUUUCGAUCAAGAAUUUAGGGAUGGCUUGGAGAGGAUCCAAUCUUCAAAACUUCGUCUUCAUACAAUGAAGAAGUUAACAUUCUUGCAUGGAAUUGGUUAUGGAGAAAAUGCUUUCACUAUGAAGACAUUAGCUCACUUGCAUGGCACCAGUAGUGAGUUGCAAGAGCGAUUUGAUUGCCUUCUCCAUUGUGGGAUUGAAUUCUCGAAGGUCUGUAGGAUGAUAAGAUUGACUCCAAAGGUUAUGAACCAGAGUCCAGAAACUAUAGAGCAGAAGGUGAACUUCCUGUGCCAGGACAUGGGUGCUUCUUUGGAUUACCUUGAUAUGUUCCCAACAUUUUUGUGUUUUGACUUAGAGUACAGGAUUAAGCCCAGGUACAGAUUCCACAUGUGGCUUACAGAUAAAGGUUUGUCUACCAUAAAUUACUCCAUUGCGAGCAUGGUUGCUACUAGUGAAAAGAGUUUCAUAACUCGCAUUCAUGGAAUUCACCCAGCUGCUCCAAAACUGUGGUUGGAGUCUUUCUUGUGCAAAAGAACUAGUAAUAAUUGCUAGAAGGCAUUUUUUUCAAUGAUGAAGUACAGUAAAUAUGACUGAGUUACUCUACAGUUUCCUGGAGAUUUUACUUAUCAUCCAGAAAUUAUUAUUCAAUUUUCUUGGAAAGUUCUGUAAAUUGGUAUCUGACAUGCGACAAUAGCAUUACCCAUUUUUCGCAGGUCCUUGUUUUAAACCACUAAGAUGAUAUUGAAGCUGCAGACUAUGUUGUUCGCAUCGCCUUAAUAUAGCUUCCAAAGCCGGCUUACAAGUCAUAUCGCAAUUUGAUGAGCGUCCAUUGUAUGUAUUGAGCAACUUCUAAUUACCGCAUUUUAUACUGGUAUUUGAUUCUAUUUGUUUACGAUGAAUUCUUUUUAUUGGAGAAAAGAAAAAGAAAAAGCCAAAUAGAUUGGCGCUCUCA